UGGCGUAAGCGAAUGAGGCCUGCGGUAUCGGGGAUCUUUUCUCACGUGCAUCGUUGAUUCAGGUUCUUUACAGCCGGUGAGUUGCAUUAGUCGAGGAUAGUACAGAAGAUCUGUGGGAUUGCUUGGUUCUCGAGGCGGUGUGGUACCAGUUCCUGGGACAUUACCAUUUGGAUUUAUGAAAAUAGUUGCAGCCCAGAAGAUAUUUUGACAUUGACGUAUUCGUGUCACAACUGUUGAUGUUAAAGGAUACAAAGCCAAAGGUCAGUUGGAUUAGCUGUGGUAUAAAGUUAUGGUGAGUUAACUUCUAGAACUUGACUUUAGUUGGAAUUCGUCAGGUAUACCUUGGACACCAAAUAACCCAGGACAAAACGAAAAGACCGGCAGAGCUGAACGGAUAAACUGAUAAAGUCACAGUAUGAGUUGAUAUAUCGAUAAGCCAUCUGCUAUUGAAGCCAAGCUGGUUUCAAUAUACCGAGCAGAGAAAAAUAAAACAGCUUUUUAUUUGUUUAUACAUUUAUUUAAGAGACAUCUAGUGAUCAGGGGAAACAGGUUCAAUCCUUCUCAUUGGAUUACCUAGACAAUCAAGAUUGGCAACAAACCAUUAGGUCUAGAUGGAAUCGGAGCUGGAGGACAUAAAGUUGUGCAUCCUUACUUUUUAGAUACUUUGGAUUCUCCUGUCAAGUCGUGGAUAAAACACCCACAGGUUUCCUGUAGACGACGGUCUUGUCUAUGACAACUCAACGCUUCGAGAGGAGAGACAGUCUGCCAUGGACAGUUUGCUGAAGAAGGCCAGACUCAACAAUCUCACGUUCUUCGUUUAAUUGGAAAUCUAAAGAGGGUUGUCGCUGGUAAUUAAACACUGUUAGGAAUCUAAGACACACAUGACACGGCUUGGGAGGAGGCUGAGUAAUUUGCUCCUUAAUGAGGUCACAGUGGUAGGAGUCUUGAUUUGAAAUUGGCAGUGCAUGAAAUUUCAUCUUGCCGUGUGGAGCCUACGCUAGCAUCAUCCUACAAUUUAAAUGGUCAUCAUAGAUAUAACUUAUAUUGUUAUCGAACUGUUGAGUGAAUUGAUGAUUGAUGAGCAAUGUCAUGGUAUAUGGUAUAAAGUGAAGAGAAGACAAGAAAUCGACCAAAAUACAACAUAGAUUAUAAAUUAAGCGUGUUGGAUUUCGGGUUGAGUUAAGCAAGAUCGAUAAAAAAACGCACUCACCAUUGCGUAGAGCUUUAAGUCUUGUAAAUACAGUCUAUCGAAACGUCUUCUGUCUGUAUUCAUUCAAAGUCCAGACGCAUUUUAUUUAGCUGAAUUGCACUCGAGAAGAAUAUUCAGCAUCUACUUCUCUAAUGAAUUGACAAGAGUAUUGACAAUCGCCAAGAAAUGCACCGCCGCAACAUACUCAAAGCCGCUCGAGAAUAAUGGACAGAGGAUUAUCCUAACUGAUACCAUCUCUUCACAUUGCAUAUCAACGCAAAUGGUCAGGGAUUACUAGGUUCUGCGGUGCCUGCGGUUAAAGAAUCCUCAGCUAUACGCUUUCUCUGGUAUCAACUCAAGAUUGACUGGUGGCGCCAUCUGGACACAAACAGAUGAUCACGUGCCAAGGGAAGCGUCCGGUGAUGUAGAUAAUCAUACCUGCGUGACAGAAAUUCACUGGAAAACUAUAUAACAUAAACAAAACAAACAAAAUGUUGCUAAUAUCGUGACCAGAUUUAAGUAGUUUUAAAAAACUUCGAUAAUGAGACAACGCAACUGGACGCUCAGUUGAAAACUGUUAGCCUACUAUCAUACUGGAUAGAGAAACUGGCGAUUGUAACAUAGACAUAUUGCCAUUCACUGCUGGCUUCUAUAUCUGGCUAUAUAUCACCAGGACCAAGAUCUGGUCAAAUAUCACACUCGGACCAAGAUCUGGCCUAGCAUCUUCACAGCCGAAAACGGGUGUUCUCGGCUGAUGGGGACACUCGUUAACAGUUGCUAUCAGAAUAGAAGUAGUUAUAAAGUCGUAAAUUAAGGAUUAGUAGUCGUCGAAAUGGGCUCUCCGUCGAUGCAGUACAACUCUAGCUUCGGGGGUUCGGACCAUGGCAACAUCACCAUGACGAGCGAGGAGGAAGGCGGUGGCGGGCCGAGUAACAUGACACGCUCUCUUGUACACCUGGACAGUGAGUUCCCGCCUGACUACGCCCUCCCUAUCAACGGUUACCUUAUUCCGCCCUUGAUAUUGUUCACCAUCAUCACAAACAGUUUGGUCUGCAUCGUUCUGCUAAAACCACACAUGCGAUCCCCGACGAAUAUGUUACUAGUCGCCAUGGCGGUAUCAGACACGCUCACAGGCCUAACCCCUGUUCCGCAGUACCUCUACUUCUACACAUUUGGAUAUCAUAGGGAAUGGGUGCCGUACGAAUGGUGCGUGGUCAACUCGGUGCUCGGCCGGGCACUUCCCACCAUUUUCCACACUGCUUCAAUAUGGCUGACACUGGCCCUUGCGGCGCAGCGGUACAUCUGCGUGUGUCAUUCUAUAUUUGCGAAAAGGUGGUGUACGCAACAAAAUGUGCUACGGACUAUUGCUGUCAUAUAUUUUCUCUCCUUUGUGGUCCAUAUAAGCACAUUUCUAGACACGCAGUACUACCCUACCACUGAUGACAGUUUUGUAAAUCCGAAAGUAGGGAUAACAGUCCGGGCGUGUAAGAUGGUUCAACAUGAAUGGUUUGCUAAAAAUCACAUGAUCUUCUACAACAUUUAUAUGUGGUUCAGAAUCGUUUUCAUCCAUAUCUUCCCGUGUAUAAGUCUGGUGAUUUUAAACGCCUUGCUGAUUAAGACCAUGAAAGAGGCAAAGAAACGCCGGGCACAGCUCCUGCGCCAGAACAAAAAGAACGAGUGCAAGAAGCUGAAGGACUCUAGCUGCACGACUAUGAUGAUGGUGGCGGUAGUUGGGGUAUUCCUAACAGUGGAAAUACCCGCCGGAAUAUUCAUCCUGUUCUACGCGGUUGUGAACACGGUGGUCAGUAUCGCAGACUUCAAAGUACUUUUCCCGAUUAUAACGUUAAUUUUGAACUUUUUCAUACUAUUGUCGUAUCCCGUGAACUUUUUUAUUUACUGCGGAAUGUCACGUCAGUUCCGGGAGACUUUCAAGCGGUUGUUUUUACGGGGCAGCCAAUCACCAGUCGAGAGAGAGCACUCGCAGUACAUGACACUGGCCAAUGAGAAUGGUCGUUGUAAUGUCAAUAUGGCGAACACCACUUCUACAACAACGUCUGCUAUUUGAACCGCCGUCACGUGAUUUCGCCACGUGAUUUCAUCCUAUCUAGAGGCCUUAGAUAUUGUGUAUCCUGCACUGACGAAAUUUGUGGGGAAAAAGCUUUCUGCUUGUUUAACAAAGCGGUAGGAUGUUGAUUAUCUCUACUUUGCAACAGUUCGACUUCGAGAAAGUGCGAGAUAUGAAGGAAGGUCCUUUGUAACCCAACGUGGAUCAGAUCGAGCUGAUGCUAUAGGAUUUAAUGAAUCUGUCUAAGGAGAUUUACGGUUGUUAAAUCACUGGUGUAGUUACCACCUGGGCAACUCUUCCACCCCGGUGUAGGAUACCAUACGCCAUGUGUCAGUGCUUGGACACGCCAUCGUCUGGUAAUACGCCUUCAAUUUCAUCGCCGCUUAUGUGAUAUGUUUCGUUUUAAGUUGAAACUGGUUCCAAUAUAAUUGAUAUAUAAACUGCCUUUUAUGUACAAUGAUAUAAUCAAGCGACGUAUAUUUCCCAAGAAACUAGGAGCGAAGUUGUUGUUGAAGUAUAGUUCUGUGAUUAUUUUAUGAAUUGCUGGGAUAAAUCGCAAAUCUCCUAGAUUUGCUACCCUUAGUAACGAGAUUUGACAUGAAAGAACUUACCUCCGUACCUAGAUUAAUUGGGACAGAUAAUUGUUUCAGAAAACAGCUGAAUUUAUCAACAGAUCGAGAGUGACUCUCUGGCAAAAGCUGAGAAGAUGAAGCCGUACCGGUAUGAACAUACUUCUGAAUUUGGCGUUGACUGAGACAAAAUGUAGCGGAUAAUGUGGCAUUUCGUUCGUCUGAUAAUACGUCGCCGAAACCACCUUCAGUUGAUGUUCUUUUACUGCGAAAAGGUAGACUAUAAUGGACACUAAACUGUGGAAGAGCAUUAGGUGUCACUAUAACACGAACACACCUAUGGAAACAACCACUGAUUACAGCAUAGCAUGAUCUUUCACUUAUUCAACGAGCAUGUACAAAAUAUCAUUGAUCGUUACAUCAUCAACCCAAUGACAACCUUCUCAAACAGAUUGCUGAUUGGUGUUGACUUCAUAAUUAGCAACAUCUUCACAGUGGUGUAAUCAUCAGAGCGCCUUUCACCUGUCCGCUCGCCACAACGUGAGAAAUGCCUGGGAUAUGUCGCUUAUUACCUCGGUAACGCAGGUCGGUAUAAAGUGGUGUAUAUGUACAUGAUGUUCACAUUUUACUCAGCUAUGAUAUGAUAUGUUCUUUCGUCGUGAAAUAAUUUCAAUUUUGUAGCUGCACGGAUUGAAAAAAGGCAAGUGUUUCAGUAAGCGUUUAGAAAAUAUCAGGACUGUUCUAAAACGCAAAAUAACUUGAAACUAUCAUAUCGAUGAUCGAUUUUCAUGUAGACCGGAUCUAGUCCAUUAAAUGGAUGGAUGUUACUUGUGUCAGAAAACAGCUUUUUUUAAUAUCCACUCAUUUUCAGCCAAUUUUGCUAUACUGACCUUGCCCACAAUAUCCGAGUGCAUGUACGUGUAUAACAAUUGGUUUCGCCGAUUGUACUAAGAUGUCACUGAGCGGCAGCAUUGCAUGCGAACAGAACAUGAGUUGUUUUAUUUUUACACAUCAUUUUCCCUCCUUUUUAUUUCAUGCAUCAACAUCUUACAAAAAAUGAAGCCAUACUCAGUCCGAUCAUAUUAUGCUAAUUGUGAUUUAGCCUAACUGAAAUCGUCUGAACUUUGCAUUAAGCCGUGAGCAUCCAUCAGACGAGAUUAGAUUUGUAGUUAUUGUUUGAACCAAAUGAAACAUUCUGGUAUCAAAUAGAAAAAAUACGAUGGAGGAAUCGUUAUUUGAGUCCAGCUUCUUUAAAAUAGAACACAACUUUUUCUUCGAGUGUCUCAUUUUUCCUUUGGUUCUGUUUUUUUAUAGGAGCUGU